AUGAAUAACACAAAACAAGUAACCCAUCUGAUGCUGAAUCAGACACCUGUCAAAACUCUGCUGUCUGUGCUGCCAUGUCUUCUCUUCCUGUACAUAAAUGGAGUCAUGCUGUUUGCCUUGUUGAAAAAGCCUGUCUUGCUGGAGUCCUCUCGCUAUAUCCUGUUUGGCCAUUUGCUCUUCACUGACUCUCUGCAGCUUCUAGUCAGCAUGUUGCUGUACAUCUUUGCUGUGACCAUGGUCCAAAUGAUCAGUUACAUUUGCAUUAUCGUCACACUGUUUGCAACCAUUGUCGUUAAAAUGUCACCCCUCAACCUCGCUGCCAUGUCCCUAGAGAGGUAUGUUGCCAUUUGUUUUCCUCUGAGGUACGCUGACAUUGCCACCAGCAGGACAACAAGAGUGGCCAUUGCUGUUAUGUGGACAAUGGCCUCUGUAGACUCAUUCACCCAGCUUCUCCUGUUUGUCAGUCUUGAGAACACAAGCUUCACUGUUCCAAGGUUCUGCAACAAGAACAGUGUCUUCAGGCUGCAGAUUUAUUCCACUUUAAACAAAGCCUUUACCAUAUUGUAUUUUGUAUCGGUGAGCCUGAUUAUCAUUUAUACAUACAUUGCUAUCAUGAUUACUGUGAAGUCAGCCUCGUCUAAUAUCCGCAGUGCCACUAAGGCCCACAGGACAGUGCUGUUGCACCUGUUUCAACUGUGUCUUUGCCUCACCUCCACUCUGUUUAAUAUGAUGAACUCCAGUAGCCUGUGGAACAUAAAUCCUGACAUGGCCCUUCAUAUUCAGUAUGCCCUCUUUUUAGGUGUCAUCAUUUUCCCCAAGUGUUUGAGCCCGCUCAUAUAUGGCCUCAGAGAUAACACCUUCAGACACGUCUUCAAAUACUAUUUCAGCUUUGGCUUCAAAACCACAGUUAGGCCAGUUAUUAAGACUUGA